AUGGCGAAUAUUGGAAUGGAUCGAUCUUUCUUGACAGUGUCUGUGGAAGAACUCGUUAGUCAUUUGUCAGUGACAGAAAAGGUGGCUUUCAUCGCGGGUGAAGACUGGUGGAGAACGGUAGCCUUGCCCAGACUCAACAUUCCCUCGGUAAAGCUUACUGAUAGGCCCAAUGGUGCACGAGGGCAAUCGUUUUUCAAGAUGACACCCGCUGUGGUGCUCCCUAAUGCGACUGGACUAGCGGCUACCUUCUCUCCGACCCUCCCUACCGAGGCCGCACGGUUGCUUGCGUCUGAGACCAAGGCUAGAAAUGCAGUCUGUUUGUUGGCGCCGACUGUCAACAUCUGCCGCAGUCCUCUCGGCGGUAGGGCAUUUGAGUCGUUCAGUGAAGAUCCUACCCUCAGCGGCAUCAUUGCUGCAGAGUACAUCAAGGGUCUUCAAGAUGAAGGCAUUAGUGCGGCCAUUAAACACUUUGUCGCCAACGACCAAGAGCAUGAGCGAAUGGGACAGGACUCCAUAAUCGCUCCCAGGGCGCUUCGGGAGAUCUAUCUUCGCCCCUUUCAGAUUGCACAAGCUCGAGCUGGCCCCUGGGCUUACAUGACUUCGUACAACAAGCUCAAUGGGACCCAUUGUUCAGAGAAUGAGUGGCUCCUCAAAGAUGUCCUCCGAGACGAGUGGGGUUUUGAUGGUCUUGUCAUGUCUGACUGGAUGGGAACGUACUCGGUCGCCGAAGCUAUCAACGCUGGCCUUGACUUGGAGAUGCCUGGAAAGCCUCGGUGGCGUCAACCCCAGCUUGUUCGACAGUCGAUCAACUCUCACAAGAUAAGACCCGAGACCCUUGACGAGCGUGUCAUUACUUUGCUACGUUGGGUACAGAAGUUGGCCAUCCUGAACCCCGAUAUGGUCUACGACAGUGACGACUUUGUUGAAUGGACACGCAAGGAUGACCAAGAGGUUGACGCGGCCCUAGUGCGGCGGAUUGGCAGCGAAGGUAUCGUGCUACUCAAAAACGAGGCCUCGGCUGUCAUUACUGGUGGUGGAAGUGCAAGACUUCGUCCGGCCUGGUCUGUUACGCCAUGGCAAGGCCUGAUCGGCAAUAAACCCAACGACGUCGAGCUUUCUUACGCACUUGGUUGCAAGGGCUCCAAGUUCUUGCCUGUCUUUGGAGAAGAGUUUACAAGUAUGGAUGGUGUGACGCAAGGCUUCGAUAUGCUGCACUACGCCAUUGUCAAUGGCAAACAGGCGAGCAAGCCUGCUUGUUCUGAGGUAUGGAAGAACUCGGAUAUCAUGCUUGCCGACUUUACGCAUCCAGAUCUAGGCGAUGAUUACUUCACCGAGAUCCGAGCCAUGUUUACAGCACCAAUAACUGGUGACUGGGAAUUCGAGGUCAGCGUCACUGGCCAAGCUUGGGUCUAUCUAGACGGUGAGCUCGUGGCAGACCUAUCCAAGGAGCAGAAACGGACGUCUUCCUUCUUUGGAAAUGGAGGAAACGGCACCAUCAUUACCGUGUCGGUGACCAAAGGCCAGGUUUACACGUUCCGCCUGUUGCACGACUCCAGGAAGCCUCCCCUAGCCCCUGGACAGGACAGCCAACCUUUGCAGCUUAUCGGAAUGAAGCUUGGGUCAUUUCCUGCCAUCGACGAGGACCAAACCAUCGAUGAGGCUGUCGAGCUAGCAAAAUCGUCAGACUUUGCUGUCCUCGUUGUCGGACUAGACCAGGAUUGGGAAUCUGAAAGCUACGACCGACCCAACCUAUCUCUUCCUCUUCGCCUCAACGACCUCGUACGCCGCGUAGCUACCGAGGCCUCAAGAACCAAGACGGCAGUGGUAUUGCAGACAGGCUCUGCGGUGUCGAUGCCUUGGCUUGGGGACAUUGACUCAGUCUUGUGGCCCUGGUACGGUGGAAAUGAAGCUGGAAAUGCCAUUGCCGACAUUGUCUACGGCAAGGUAAACCCUUCCGGCAGGCUUCCAAUUACCCUUCCUAAGCGAGAGCUCGAUAUUGCUGCAAACCUCAACUUCAGGUCAGCUCGUACAAGAACAUACUAUGAGGAAGGUAUCUGGGUUGGCUACCGUCACUUCAACGCCCGUGGCAUCGAGCCCAUGUAUCCUUUUGGUCAUGGACUGUCGUACACAGACUUUGAGUAUUCUCAAAUGGCUAUUACGCCCUCCAAGUCGACUUCUCCGAGCUCCUGGCGAAUCAAAGUCUCAGUCAAAGUAACUAAUACUGGCGAUGUCGCAGGUGCUCACUCAGUUCACUUCUAUACAAGUCCCCCACCUCCAACAUCCAACUCUCUUACCCACCCCGAGGUAACCCUCCAGGCUUUCACCAAGACCGGCGUGCUAUUGCCAGGGAAGUCCGAGACGGUAACCGUAGAGAUGGACAAAUACGCGGUCUCGCACUGGGAUGAGCUGAGUUCUUUGUGGAGGGCCGAGCCCGGUCAGUGGUACGUCAAGAUUGGAAAGAAUGCGCAGGACAUGUGUCUUGAAGACCCAUUCACUGUGGAUGCUGGUUUCAAUUGGAAGGGAAUCUAA